GACAUCUUCAUGCAAUAAGRAGAACAUGGCGCCGUACAAACAAACACGUAAAGAAAUUACACGCGGCACUCAGUGCUUUGCUAUAAACUGCAAAAACUAUGACAAUAAGGUCACAAGAGCAAUGGGGAUUACUUUUCACAGAUUUCCAGACAAAAAGAAGAAAGAGAAACUGUACCGACUGUGGGCAACUGCUUGUCGGCGAGAGUCCGAGCCUUCAUCAACUACCAGAAUAUGCAGCAUUCAUUUUGCACCAGAAGAAAUCGUCCAUAAAGAGAAAAGGGUUCGCCUUAAUGAGGAUGCAGUGCCUAAAUACUUUGACUUGUCUGAAAAUCUGCAGAAGAAUUUGACUUUGUGUGUUACCAGCAAUGACUGCCAUGAUGCAGAUCAACAGGUCYCAGAAAUACAAGACAAGGAGCAUCCUCGUGUACUCAUUCCUGAGUUAUGUCGGCUCUUCUACCAGCUGGGAUGGGUGACAGGGACAGGCGGUGGGAUCAGCCUUAAACAGGGGAACCAGAUUUACAUAGCACCAUCAGGUGUCCAAAAGGAAAGAAUACAGCCAGAGGAUAUGUUUGUGUGUGACGUGGAGGAGAGGGAUAUCAGUUCUCCACCCGCCUGGAAAAAGUUGAAAAAAAGCCAGUGUACACCGCUUUUUAUGAACGCCUACACCAUGAGAGGGGCACAGGCAGUUAUACACACCCACUCCAAGGCUGCUGUCAUGGCAACUCUGCUGUACCCUGGCAAAGAGUUCAGGAUAACACACCAGGAGAUGAUAAAAGGGAUCCGUAAGGGCACCUCAGGCACAAACUAUCGGUAUGACGACAUGUUGCUGGUGCCUAUUAUUGAAAACACCCCGGAGGAAAAGGACUUGAAAGACAGGAUGGCUCGAGCAAUGGAAGAAUACCCAGAUUCAUGUGCAGUUCUUGUUCGCAGACACGGCGUUUACGUUUGGGGCAUUUAAAAUGACUAGAAACUCCAAUUUACAAUUAAUUCAAUAUAAAGUCCUUUAUAGACAGAGUUGCACAUAAGUGGUGCGCAGGUGCACAUGCGCGAUCAAAAAAAAAAAGUGCGUCAGAUGGAAUGCCAUAAAGCUCUCUUGCAUAACUAAGACUGUACCUGAAAUUGUGAAAACAACAGCUAGCAGGGUCGCAAAUGUGACCUGAUUUCUUAAAAACAAACAAAACAAAACAAAUCCAGCCUCACUGGUAUGACUGGAUCGUCGUUCUGUCAGAGUAGGGCAGCAGGACCCUGAUGUAUGAGGAUUAAAUGGACACUGCUUUCAACGAAUCAGACGAACUCCAGAGCCGUUUUAUCCAAUCAGAGCAGAGCAGGGCCGGACUUUCAGUGAGAGCUGUUUUCAGUAGAGACAGCGGCUCGAGCAGCAGCUGCAGCGGUCAGUCCUGACAUSUCCUCCUGCACUUUGCUCCUGAACUACCAGAGGUUUGGGUCUCUAAAACUUAACUUUAUAUUAAAUAUAUGUUCAGAGCGUUGUUAUCGAAC